GCCACGUGGGGCCUUGGAGCGCGCCGGGACGCCCGCCGAUGUCGCUCCGUUGAUUCCUCCGGUCUCAAAACAUUGUAUCUGCAACGGAAUGCCUCGUAGAGUGGAGCUGUGUUUACGGACGUAGUGCAUUCAUGGAAGGAUACGGUGACGUUGAGUGCGUGUCUCGUGAAGGGCAGAUGGACAGUUUAGAAGCCAUGCACGCUCUGGACCCGCCGCCGCCGGAUGUCCUGUUGGCGUUGCUUGCUAGGAACAAAGCACUAGAAGCCAGUAUCCCGAAGUGCGGUGGCUGCCACGAGAUGAUAGUAGACCGAUAUGUUCUUAAGGUCUCAGACCGAACCUGGCAUGCGGGUUGCCUGCGCUGCGUCGAGUGUCGGGCCAUGCUGUCCGGGAAAUGCUUCGCGAGGAACAACCAGCUUUAUUGUACGGAUGACUUUUUCAAGCGGUUCGGCACAAAAUGCGCGGGCUGCGGGCAGGGCAUCCCCCCCACGCAGGUGGUCAGGCGGGCGCAGUCGCACGUGUAUCACAUGCGGUGUUUCGCGUGCGCGGCGUGUGCGAGGACCCUUAACACGGGAGACGAGUUCUACCUGAUGGAGGACGGGAAGCUAGUCUGCAAACCGGACUAUGAAGCGGCUAGAGCCAAAGGCGGAGAAGGAUCAUUAGACGGUGACGCGGCAAGUAAGCGACCACGAACCACCAUCACAGCAAAACAGCUAGAAACGCUAAAGAGCGCAUAUAGCAGUAGUCCAAAACCUGCACGGCACGUCAGAGAACAGCUCGCGCAGGACACGGGGCUGGACAUGCGCGUUGUGCAAGUGUGGUUUCAGAACAGGCGAGCGAAAGAAAAGCGAUUAAAGAAGGACGCUGGACGCACGCGCUGGUCACAAUACUUUAGGUCUAUGAAGGGGGGCAGCGGGUCACCGCGCCACGAAAGACUGCUGGAUAAGGACGAGCUGAAGAUAGACCUGGAUUCCUUUAGCCACCAUGAUCUCAGUAAUGAUAGCUACAGCACAGUAGCGUUAGGUGGCGACGAGGGCUCACCAGCGGGCGGCGGCGGCACGGGCGCUACCGGCGGGGCGCGCUACGCCGCCACACCGCCGUACCUGCGCGCACAUUCCCCACCCCCGCACCCACACUACCACUACCCUCCAGACCACCUAGUGUACACUAAUAUUGGUCAGGCCAUGAGCGGCGCGGGAAUCGGCGCUGGGGGCGCGUCAGAUCUCAGCAGUUCAUCGUCACCUGCCGCGGGAGCGUAUCCUGACUUCCCGCCCUCCCCCGAUUCUUGGCUCGGAGAGCCUCACCAUUAUUCACCUAGGGGCUUCCCCUAGCGACGGCCGCCGCCGGCGCACGCGCAGCCCGCGCCCCCGCCGCUCCCCGCGCCCUACCCCCCGCUCGCGCUCGCGCAGCCGCUCGAGCUCGUCGUCAAGCGAGAGCUGUGACCGACCGGACUCUGACGAUGACAUGAGGUGCCAAUAACUUCACAAGGAAUUGGAUGAAAAUGAAAGUUUUAAAAACAUAAUACCAAAUCAGGACUGUAAAUAAAAAUGGAACAAUAAAAGUAUGCCGACGAUCACGGUUUACGAUUUUGAAGAAAUUUACGGAUACUCCCACUUUGUGUCACACGAUUUUUUACUGUUGUGGUGUUUUGUGGUGUGAUGGAUGUAUCCAACGUGAGCACAAAAUAAGCAUUUCGAAUCGCCUUACUAGUAGAAAGGUAUUCUGUAAAUAAAUUAUUAGAAUUCAAAUAUUUUUAAGAUGUUAAAAUAUGUAUAGUAUGUAUUUCUAAUAAAAGACGUCGAUAUCUUUAAGUAUUUAUUUAUUAAGAUUAUUUUAUUAUCAAUUACUUACGGCGUAACUCAAUGUUCGACAAACUAUAUAACAUAUUGUACAUAUGAGUGAAUAAGUGUUAAUUUAGC